CAGAAACUACCUCUCUCUCUCUCUCUCUCUCUCGCUCGCUCGCUCGCUUGUCUUGCGCGGUGUGUCGCUGAUUUUGAAACCCUAGACCCAAAUUCGCGAAACGGACAUGGCUACUGCUGCUGCCUCGGUGACUCUGCCGUGUCCUUCUUCUUCUGCUGCUUCUGCUUCGUCGUCGUCUGCGGCGGCGUCUUCGUCGCUGUUCUCUCGGAGCUGCUCUCUCGGCCACAGACGGUUUGUCUCCUACGACUCUCGCUCGCGAGCUCACUCUCCUAACAGCAUCAAAUGUGAUCUCGCAGAACCGUUCAAAAAUGUAAAUGGGAAGCCAAUUGUUCCCAUCCUUAACGAGCGGACGCUACCCAAGUUUUUGGAAACGGCACGCAUGGAGAAAACGGUCAACAGGACUAGUACCAGGCUCAAGCUAUUUUCUGGCACUGCAAAUCCUGCACUUUCUCAGGAAAUUGCUUGGUACAUGGGCCUGGAACUUGGAAAGAUCAAUAUAAAGCGAUUUGCUGAUGGUGAAAUAUAUAUUCAGUUGCAAGAGAGUGUCAGAGGAUGUGAUGUAUACCUAAUACAGCCUACCUGCCCUCCCGCAAAUGAGAAUCUCAUGGAGCUUUUAGUAAUGAUAGAUGCUUGUCGUAGAGCAUCGGCCAAAACCAUUACUGCAGUGAUUCCAUAUUUUGGAUAUGCCAGAGCUGACAGAAAGACUCAAGGGCGUGAAUCAAUUGCAGCCAAACUAGUUGCGAACCUUAUCACAGAGGCAGGUGCAAACCGUGUUCUAGCUUGUGACCUUCAUUCUGGGCAGUCCAUGGGUUACUUUGAUAUUCCGGUGGAUCAUGUAUAUGCUCAGCCUGUGAUUCUUGAUUAUCUUGCCAGCAAGACGAUUAGUUCUCAAGAUUUGGUUGUGGUUUCCCCUGAUGUUGGUGGGGUAGCCAGGGCACGUGCUUUUGCAAAAAAAUUAUCUGAUGCGCCUCUAGCCAUUGUGGACAAAAGGCGUCAGGGACAUAACGUUGCUGAGGUGAUGAAUCUGAUUGGAGAUGUGAAAGGAAAAGUUGCAGUUAUGAUGGAUGACAUGAUUGACACUGCUGGGACGAUUGCUAAAGGUGCAGCUCUUUUACAUGAAGAGGGGGCCAGGGAGGUCUAUGCAUGCUGCACUCACGCUGUUUUGAGUCCUCCUGCAAUUGAGAGAUUGUCAAGCGGCCUGUUUCAAGAGGUGAUUAUUACAAACACGAUUCCAGUUGAAGAGAAGAACUACUUCCCCCAGUUGACUGUUCUUUCAGUAGCAAACCUGUUGGGUGAAACUAUUUGGCGUGUUCAUGAUGAUUGUUCAGUGAGUAGCAUUUUCCAAUGAAAAAUCAUUGGAAGAGUCGAAGGUGUUGAGUAGCUUAGCUGAUAAAGUCAUACCAGAGACGUAGAUCAAGUCCAGUAUUUAACAAGGAUGGGAAGGAUUUAGAGGAAUAGAAAGGGAUUACCGCCUGUUUUAUCGCCCAUAAACCCAGGGCAUUUAAUGGCUGAAAAGAGAGAGAAGAAAACAGAUGGAAUAGUCAAUUUCAUGGCAGCUUUCUAUUGUUUUCUGCAUUUUUUGGUGUAAUUUUUCUUCGAAUGCACAUCCUUUUUGGUUCUUGUUCUUUCCAAUGAUAAUGUUUCUUACCCA